UCCUUGCGCACGGGCUGGGCUGGGCUGGGCUGGGACCCAGGUGUCCGGGACGGCCCCGCCCCGCUGCGCUCCCCACCCGCCCCCGACUCAAGAGCCCCGCACCGGCGCCGCCAUCUUCAGCAGCCGGGGGAAGGCCCAGCGCAGGGACCUUCCGACCCCGCCCCUCCCCUCCCCUCCCGGACGCCUGGGUCCCGAGUCCGGCCUCUGGGGGCGCUCGCUGCACCUGGUCCCCGGCCGGCAGGAGCCCGUAAGGGGGCAGCCCGGUCCCCGCCCCUGGGCUGUGCGUGGGGAUCCGCUGUGCCGUGGGGAGCUGGGAGCAGGGCAGGUGGGUGGUGACUGUUGCUAGGCUGUGUGAGGUUGGUGUGUGUAUUUGAGGAGAUCCCCCCCAGGCUGGGUCUGGGGUGUGGGUCUGAGUGGUACAGGAAGGCUGUGUGAUGUGAGUGGUUUACAGAUCACAACGUGACUGUGGAGUGUGUGUGUGUCACAGUAAGACAAGGGUCUGGCUGUGUGAUGUUGGUGUGUGUGUUACUUCCAGGGGAUCACAGCCUGGGGUGUGUUUCAGGCGCUCACACCCAUGUCCCUUCCCAGCGCCCCGGGGAGGGCAGGUGCCCCAUAAGAUGCCAUGUUCUGGCCUCGGUGCUGGCACUGAAGCAGCUGCCCCUGCCCCCCGUUCAUUGGGCCGGGCCCUGCACACCUCAGGUGCCCCCCCAGCCGGUCACAACAAAUGGUCCAAGGAGAAGCACAUCAAGGGCCUGCGGGACGCCGAGCGCAGCCGGCUCUUCCAGAAGCUCGCCAUGCUGCUGCACUUUACCCGCAAAGCAGGGGGACCCAACCCUGAUUUCAACACCAACCUGGCCAACCUCACUGAGCAGUGCCGGAGCAUGGGCUCAUGGCUGCAGCCUUUUUGAAUUCUCUGGGUCAGACCAGACCAUGCCGAGGUGUUACAGGGAAAAAUGAAAACCAUCGUAAACCUAUAUGUUCCCCCUUCACAGGACGCAGGAUCUUGUACCUGGUAUCAGCGUCUAUCGCUGUGGAAGCAGCUGGUGAUGUUGGUCUCAUCCUCCUUCCAGUGUAGUGCAAGGAAAGAGGACAGAGACAGAUAGGUGUUCCAAAACAAUA